UCUCCCUCUGAAAAUUCUGUGCAAGAAGCUAGAUCGAUCUAAAGUGGGUCAAACUAUCUCAUUUUCUCCAUCCCUUCCGCGAUCUCUACGUAUCUCAUUACCAAAUGGCGGACCUGGUGGACAAGGCCAAGAACUUCGUGGCAGAGAAGUUGGCUAACUUCAAGAAGCCAGAGGCCAGCAUCACCGACGUUGAUUUCAAGCGCCUUAGCCUUGAUUCUGUCGAGUACCUUGCUAAGGUCUCCGUCGACAACCCCUACGGCCAUGACCUCCCCAUCUGCGAGAUCUCUUACACCCUCAAGAGUGCUGGCAGGGUGAUUGCAUCGGGGACGAUGCCGGACCCAGGAUCACUGAAGGCGAGCGACACGACAUUGCUGGAGGUGCCAGUGAAGGUGCCGCACAGCAUAUUGGUGAGCUUGGCAAAGGACGUUGGUGCAGAUUGGGACAUAGACUAUGAGUUGGAAUUGGGUCUCACCAUUGAUCUUCCCAUCAUUGGAAACUUCACCAUUCCUCUCUCCACCAAGGGAGAGAUCAAGCUCCCCACCAUCUCUGACAUCUUCUAAGUCUCUCUUUUAAGUUUCAUUUGUAUUUUUCUCACCUUGGCUUUGCUCUAUCCUCUGGAUGUGAUGGUUGUGGAAUACAAAACUUCAGUCUAAUGUUUUUUUUUUCCCUAUAUUUCAGUUGAAUAUCCUAAUGAACUAUAGUAAUCCAUGAAUUCCUUUUCAAUUU